AUGUCCGAGUUCAUUGGAGCUCGCAUAUCUCUCAUCUCGAAGAGUGACAUCCGUUAUGUCGGCACUCUGGUCGAGAUCAACUCGGAACAGUCCACAGUCUCGUUAGACAAUGUGCGAUCGUACGGCAGCGAGGGCCGCCGGGGCGGCAAAGACGAAUACCCAGCUUCAGAUGCCGUCUACGAGCAAAUUGUGUUCCGCGGCAGCGACGUGAAGGAUCUGCGGAUCGAGGAGCAGGCCAAGGAGAAGGCUGCUCCACCCCCAAUGCCAGAUGACCCUGCCAUCAUAGGAGUACCACAGACUCAAGGGCAAGGCCGGCCAGACAGUGCGCAAGCCGAACAGCAGCGUUCUCAACAGCCACAACAACCUCCCUUCCCCCCACAACAUGGCCAAUUCCCCCCAGGCUACCCUCCCCCUCCAUUCGGCGGGCCGUUCAACCAGUUUGGACCUCCACCGGGCGGGUUCCCAGGCGGCCCUGGCCCAUUCCCCCCAGGUUAUGGCCCGCCAGGCCCGUAUGGCGCUCCUCCUCCGGGCUGGUACCCCCCUGGCGGCCGUGGCUUCAACCAGCCUCCAGGCCCGUUCCCUCCACAGGUGCCGAUCGGCCCGCCUGGACAGCAGAACCAAAACCUGCCCCCCAACCAGCAGUCGCAGGGCCCUAAGGGCGCUGCGCCUGGCGCACCCGGUAGCAAGGACGCGAAAGCGAAUGCGCAACCGAAGGUAGUCGAGGCGGAUGGGUCCGCUAAGCCUACCGACCCCAAGACUGCUGCGAAGGCGGCUGCUGGGAAGCAACCCCCUACACCUCCAGUCGAGUCUAAGCCUGAUGUUGCUGCAGCACUCGCGCCUCCUGCCACUCAGGCUGCGGUGCCCAAGGCUGCGCCCACCGGCCCCAAGGGAGGUCGCAUUGUCCCUGCCGUUCCUCUUGCCAGCCCUGGUCUGACCAGGACAACUCCCCAUACUGCCGCUGUCGCAGCUGCAACUGCGCCUGCUGGCGGUUCGUCUGCACAGGCCCAACAGAGCGCGACGCAGGCAGCUACUGCUGCUGUCGCUGCGGCUAUGGCUAAGCUUAACCAGGCGGCCGGUCAGGUUCCCGCUCAGAGCAGACCAUCCGGUCCUUUGGACAACCUUACACAAAAGGUUAACGAGAUGCGCGUCGACGAUCUCAACCGACAUGGCAGAGGCGGCUAUGCGGGUGGUCCUCGCGGAGGCCGUGGAGGACGCGGUCGCGGUGGCCAUCAUCACCAGAAGAUGGAGGUGCCAGCAACUGAUUACGACUUUGCGUCAGCGAAUGCCAAGUUCAACAAGCAAGAUCUGGUCAAGGAGGCGAUUGCUUCUGGAUCACCUCUGGGUGAGACCCCUGGCGCCACUGAUGCUGUACCUAACGGACACGCGAAUGGCGCUACAGAGGAGUCUUCUGAGGUUGUCAUCCCUCCUCCCGCUGCUUACAACAAGGGCACAAGCUUCUUCGACAACAUCUCCAGCGAACUCAAGGAUCGCGAGGCAGCGGCUGAUCGUCGUGGCCAGGAGUUCCGCAGCGAAGAGCGCAGAAAGAACAUGGAGACUUUCGGUCAAGGCAGUGUCGACGGUUUCCGUGGCGGCUAUCGUGGUCGCGGACGCGGUCGUGGCCGUGGCCGGGGUUUCAAUGCUGGCUAUCGCGGCCGUGGUGCCCCUCGAGGUGGCCGUGGUGGUGCACAGGGCGCACCUGCCGAGAUCUAA